UCGUACCACUAGCUUCUACCGACUUGGGAAAACGUGCGCGCCGGUAUCUCGUAAUAUUCCACUAGAAUUUCAUAAUUACUGCUACCAGUAAUAAAUUUAUUAAUCAGUGAAUUCAAAUAAAGACAAUGGCGCAGAGCAAGCUGAAUGACUUCGCUGGACGAUUGAGCAAGACACCCGGAGGCAUGAACAUGGGUUUGAAAUUCCUCGCAGCCGCUGGAGUCGCAGCCUAUGGAGUUUCCCAGUCCAUGUACACAGUGGAUGGUGGUCAUCGUGCCAUAAUUUUCUCACGAGUCGGAGGAAUUCAGAAGGACAUAUUCACCGAGGGCCUGCACUUUCGCGUCCCCUGGUUCCAGUAUCCAAUAAUCUACGACAUCAGGAGCAGACCCAGAAAAAUUUCAUCGCCAACUGGUUCCAAGGACCUGCAGAUGGUUAAUAUAUCGCUGAGAGUUCUCUCGCGUCCUGACGCCAGUAAACUGCCAGCGAUGUACCGCCAGUUGGGACAGGAUUACGAUGAAAAAGUCUUGCCCAGCAUCUGCAAUGAGGUGUUAAAAUCAGUAGUCGCCAAGUUCAAUGCAUCCCAAUUAAUUACAAUGCGCCAGCAAGUGUCAACAUUAGUGAGAAAAGAAUUGACUGAGAGAGCGAAAGAUUGGAAUAUCGUUCUUGAUGACGUGUCAAUAACUGAAUUGAGUUUUGGAAAGGAAUACACUGCUGCUGUGGAGGCCAAACAGGUCGCCCAACAGGAGGCACAGCGUGCAGCAUUCGUCGUGGAACGUGCAAAGCAAGAAAAACAGCAGAAAAUUGUUCAAGCAGAGGGAGAGGCUGAAGCUGCCAAAAUGUUGGGUCUAGCUGUCUCCCAGAAUCCAGGAUAUCUCAAACUCAGGAAAUUACGUGCUGCACAGAGUAUUUCUCGCACGAUUGCUACUUCUCAGAACAGAGUCUACCUCAAUGGAAAUAAUCUGAUGCUCAACAUCCAGGAUCCGGCCUUCGAUGUUGCCUCAGAGAAAUUGAAAAGUAAGAGCAAGAACUAAAUAAAACAAAAAACGCUACUGAAGUUUAUAAAACGAAUUACAUUAAGAAUCAGUUGCAUUUUAAUUGUUACAUUAAUGUAGGGGUGGAGAGUCGAAGAACAUUAUUAAAAAACUGAAAAACCA